AUGGAGGUAUCAGAGUACGAGUACGAGCACUGCACAUCAAUGGAGCCUCUCAAAGUGUUCAACAGCAGCCCAGCAAUCAUCCAACUCAACCAGAAUGCCUCCUUCUUCUUCGUCUGCACCAUCGCCAACUACUGUUGUCUUGGCCAGAAGCUCGCCGUCUCCGUCCACCAAAGGACUCAUAACAACAAACCUUCGUCUCCAUCGCCAUCUCCAUCGCCAUCGCCAUUGCCUUCUCAUGCACCACCACCUCCCACGCCGCCACUGCCACUGCCACCGUCAGCAAGUAAUUCUAAUGAUUCUGCUGGCAAUCCUCCUCCUUCUUCAAAUAAGAAAAAUAAUGCAGUGGCAUUUGGGACUAGUUUCAGUGUUCAUCUGCUUCCACUCUUGCUCUUAGGGUUUUGGAUGUUCUAG